AUGUCUAUCAACGAAGAGGAAUACCUUAGGUUGGAAGAGGAGAUCAACUUAGACGAUAUAGAUUUUGCAGAUCUCGAAGAAAAAUACGAAGCCGAUGUCGGGUUAGACAAUUAUAUCAUUGUUGAUGGUGCUCCCAUUGCGCCAGAGGCCAAGAUCCCCAUCUUGACCAAAGUGAUGAGAAAGCUCUUUAGCUCUGUGGGAGAGGUUGUUGAAGGAGACGAAGGCAUCCACAUGCCCACGGAAAACGGCAAAACCAAAGGCUUUCUCUUUAUCCAGUAUAACAGCGUGGCAGAUGCAGAUGCCGCAGUGAAAAAAUUGCAUGGCAAGAAGUUGGAUGCCCAGCAUAGAUUGCUGGUUAACAGGUUAUCGGAUAUCGAGAAAUACGGAACCAUCAAGGACGAGUUUGAAGAGCCCAAACUUGAACCUUUUAGAUCGCAUGGUUAUUUGCAGAGCUGGUUGCAGGAUGAACAAGGUAAAGAUCAAGUUGUCUUGCAUUUCAACGAGAAUGUUGGAAUCUACUGGAAUAAAAAAGCUGCAGAGCCCGAGCAAGUUGUGGAGCCAAGACGAGGAUUCACUUCCAAGUACGCGAAGUUCUCGCCAAAGGGAACAUAUCUUUUCUCGAUCCACCCGCAGGGAAUUCAAUCCUGGGGAGGUGCUGACUUCCACAGUAUCAAGAGGUUUUUCCACAACCAGGUUAGAUUGGUUGAUUUUUCCCCCAAUGAGAAAUACAUGAUCACCUUGUCCCCCGUGCCGAUUACCUUACCUGACUCAAUCGCUGAGAGACAACAGUUCCCAUUUGGGCCAGAAAGUGAGGGCCACAAGUUGGUUAUUUGGGACUUGGUAACCGGUGAGCCAGUGAGAACAUUUGCCUUGCCUUCUCAUCUCGAAAACCAAAAGGAGAUGCCUUGGCCAUUGGUCAAGUGGUCGUACGACGACAAGUACUGUGCUCGUCAAGGUCCCGAUGCAUUGGCCAUAUACGAAACACCCAGCUUCCAGUUGAUCGAUAAGAAGCUCGUCAAGAUUGAAGGGAUCCAAGAUUUCGAGUGGGCUCCCGCGGGCAUCAAGUUGCACAAUAGCAAAAAGGACCAACUCGAGCACAUUUUGUCCUACUGGACUCCCGAAAGUACAAACCAAACUGCCAGAGUUGCCCUCAUGGACAUUCCAAGCAGGAAAGUCUUGCGUACCGUUAACUUGUUCCAGGUCAGUGACUGUAAGAUGCACUGGCAAAACGAAGGUAAGUUGUUAUGUGUCAAGGUCGACAGACACACAAAAUCUAGAAAGACCAUCUACUCGAAUCUUGAUUUCUUCAAAGUCAGCGAGAAGGAUAUCCCCGUGGAAAAGUUGGAAUUGAAAGAUGUCAUUGUCAACUUUUCGUGGGAGCCAAACAGCGAACGUUUUGUCACCAUCAGCCGGUUGGAUGACGGCGAUCCCAACCCCGCCAUCCCUAAGAACACCAUCACUUUUUACGCGCCUGAAGAAGCCAAGGGCAAGAAUGCAAAUGGCAAGUACAAGCCGUACAAGAAAGUGGAGAACAAACACUCCAAUACCGUCAUCUGGUCGCCCAAGGGAAGAUAUGUUGUCAUUGCAACCAUCUCGAGAUCCUCGGGCGAGAUUGAGUUUUACGAUGUCUCGUUCGAUGAUGAGUCUAACAAGAAAGCUUUGCCCGCCAACGUCAAGCUUUUAAAGUCUGAUACAUACGCAGGUAUGACGACCAUUGCUUGGGAUCCUUCAGGAAGAUUUCUUGCCGCGUGGUCAACGGCUUGGUUGCACGCCAUCGACAACGGGUACAGGAUCUACGAAUUCACCGGUAACUUGUUGAGAGACGAGUCUGUGGACCAAUUCAAAGACUUCAUUUGGAGACCAAGACCCGAGAGCAAAUUGUCCAGCAGCGAAAGAAGAAAAGUCCGUAGCAACUUGCGCGAAUACUCGGCCCAGUUUGAAGAGCUCGAUGCUAUGGAGGCCGAUGCCGCUGUCAAGGAGCAAAUCUUGGCUAGAAGAAGAGCAUUGGAGGAAUGGAGAGCUUACAGAGCCAAACAUGUCAGCAAAAAGGUGCAAGCCAAAGAAGAGCAGGAUGAAAUCAUUGAUGAAAUCAAGGAAGAAAUUAUCGACGAAAAAGAAGAAAUUGUUGAUUAA